AUGCCUCUCUCGAAGAUCUCGUGCGGUCACUCAUCGGCAAAUUUGGAGUUGACAACACCAGAACCAUCUAUGAUCGAGUCCAUGAAGCUCGCAUUAGCUCUGCCGAGUAGGAGUGCGCAAUUUGAUAUCACGGCACUCGCAGAAGCUGUAGGCGACUCUACGGCUGCAUCGAUGAAUGGACGCUACAGCACAGACAGAGCACCCCCCGUUGCCUACCUUCUCCUUUACGCGCUCAAACUGGGUUACCGGAAGGACGUACGCGACCCUGUUUAUGCUCGGAACGGCACAAUUCUCAACUUUCUCACAUCAGAGACCGAACCAGAAAAGUUCAGGAUACCUGAUAUCGCAGAGGAUCUGGUACACAGCAGGCUCUUCAGCGGGCCGGGGUCUUUUGAGCAGAUUUUCACCAAGGCUGGAUACAUCCCCGAGCGAGAGGACGAGCACACCCCCGCAAUGUGGACUGAUGACAGCAACACGUCGAAUACGUAA